AUGCUGGGCAUACCCAGCAAGAGUGCCCCAAGCAUCUUCAUCUAUGCUUCAAUUGUGGGUCCCCUGGCCAUAUCAGUUGGGACUGUCCACAUCAACAGCAAGGUUCUUAUUUCUUCUGUUCCUGCUUUAUCACUCUUUGACUCUAGAGCUUCCCAUUAUUUCUUGUCUCGACGAUUUGCAAGUACCCACUCUUUUCCUAUAACUCCUCUGACUACGGGCUGGAAUAUCAGCACUGGCAGUGGUGUUUUAGUAGCAUGCAGUGGUUAUGAAGCAUGUCCGGUGGUCAUCAGUGGAAGAGAGCUCUUUGCAAAUUUCCUGGUGAUUGAUUUGUCGAGUUUCGAUGCAAUAUUUAGAAUGGAUUGGUUGGGGUCAUUCUUUACCACCAUUGAUUGUCACUGUUGGAGUGUAGUAUUUGAGAUACCGGAUCAACCGAGGUUUGAAUUCCUUAGUGGCAGUACAUCGGCUGGACCGAUAGAGUACAGAGCUAGACCAAAGAAGGCGACGUUUGCUGUCAUGCAGGUGGAACCCGAGAAGCCAAUUGUAGUUCAGGAAUUUGAAGAUGUAUUUCUUGAUGACAUUUACGAGUUGCCACUGGAUCGAGCAAUUGAGUUUUUUAUAGAAUUGAAGCCUGGAACUGCUCCGAUCUCCAAGACCCCUUAUCGUAUGCCUCCGGCUGAGUUAGCUGAGCUUCAGACUCAGUUGGAUGAUCUUAUGUAG